AUGGACAAGAAGGCCCUCUUGUUUCCGUGGUAGGUGCCCAGUGUGCAGUGUGCAGUGUGCAGUGUGCAGUGCGACACGAGGACGACGACGAGGACGAUGACGACGACGACGACGACGACGAUGAUGAAGACAACGACGACGACGAUGAUGAAGACAACGACGACGACGAUGAUGAAGACAACGACGACGACGAUGAUGAAGACAACGACGACGACGAUGAUGAAGACAACGACGACGACGAUGAUGAAGACAACGACGACGACGAUGAUGAAGACAACGACGACGACGAUGAUGAAGACAACGACGACGACGAUGAUGAAGACAACGACGACGACGAUGAUGAAGACAACGACGACGACGAUGAUGAAGACAACGACGACGACGAUGAUGAAGACAACGACGACGACGAUGAUGAAGACAACGACGACGACGAUGAUGAAGACAACGACGACGACGAUGAUGAAGACAACGACGACGACGAUGAUGAAGACAACGACGACGACGAUGAAUGCUGACGAGCUCCCACAGUGGCCUCGUACUAGCAAGCAGCUACCUGUCGACUGCGACACCCAUCGAGUACUCGUUCGCCCUCGACAAGCCCCUGCACACGGCCUGCAUCGUGUUGCUGCUCACCGGCCUGCUGCUCGUCGCCCUCGACGCCUGGCCUCGCCGACCGCACCAGCCACAGCUGCCCGCGCGAUACGUCGCGAUACCGCUCAGCGACGCCCAUGUUCGUCUUGGUGCCCACGCCCACGCCCACGCCCGCGCCUCACCGCACGCCGAGCAACACUGGACCGAGGCAGGCCUGGUCGCUCGCCGCAACGCUUCGCGCCUCCAGGCAGUCGGCGCCCUCCUCACCGUCCUCCUGUUCGCAAUAUGCAGCCGCAUCGGCGUCUUCUACCUCGUGCUCAAGGACGUCGAGUGCAGCGCCCCUUCAACGCUCGCCUUCCUCCCGCUCGUGCUCGCCCUCUGCCACACCGUCCGCCAUCCCCACAAACGCCACUACCCCGCCUGGAGCCCUGACGCACGCCCAAAGACGCCGCUCGAACCCAUCGUCAGCUUCACCCAUGCCCACUCGACCCGCUACAUCCUCCCUUCCCUCCUGCUAUCCAUCAGCGCCUUCCUCGUCCUGAUCAAGACCAGCGCUUUGCCCUCCACCUACAUCUGCCCCGUCUCAAACUCAACAGCCGCCCUCGUGCCCACACUGCAGUUGCUCGGCUUCGCUCUAGACACAGCCAUCGUCCAGCUCCUAUACCGUCUGGUGCACGAUGGCCUCUCGCCCGUAGACGACCGCACCAUCCGGCUUCGAGAUGGCACCUCGAACAACCAGCUCGUUGGCUUGACCUUUGUUGCUUCUUCCUCCGUUCUCCUUGUCGCUGGCGUUGCCGUCUACGCUGCCGUGCCCGAGCACCGCGAAUGGAUGCUCUCAUUUUCUCCCGAGUAUUGCCUCGCCUUGUUGCGAUUGUCGUUAAUGAUACCCUUUAUGACGUGGGCCUUUUUAAAAUCCGCACGACUGUACGGCGUUAUGAGCGCGGUCCUCACUGUUGCAUUUUCCUCUGCAUAUAUCGGCCUUCUUCGAGCACUAGGGACCGGCGCGUCCCACGCCUUCCCACCAAAGUCUACCGUGGGCCUUGUGCUGUGUCUCGCCCUGCUCACCAUCGCUCUUGUUCUCCACCUGCUCACUGAUACCAACAUCGAGUCUCGCAUACGCUCCACCGUGCCCGUCCGCCUGGGCAGGAACCAGUCGGCCUCGUUGGUUCUCCUCCUCGUUUGCUUCUCCCUCGGCCUCGUUGUCUAUCGUCGCCAAGAUCCCAUCCUCGAGCACCCCAUCACCCACCUGAUCAAGCUAGCAACCAUACAGCACGACCAAUGGGCCUCGCAAGCCCACCGCAGCCAGUCUCUUGCGCAAGCCGUCGUACACUAUCAGCAACGCUACAACCGAGAUCCACCCCCCUACUUCGACAAGUGGUACCAGUUCGCCGUCACACGGAAUGCCAUCGUAAUCGACGACUACGACAACAUUGAAGAGGACUUGGCCCUCUUCUCAUCAUUCACUCCGGACGAUCUGCGCUUGCGCACAGCAACCGUCUUGGCUACGCACCAAGGCGUCGGAGGUGUGCGUGUUCGCGAUGGUUCGGCAGAUGCGCUAGGCGGGGUGCCCGAGGAAUCCAAAUUCGUCAUCGACGGCGCAACCAGAUUGAUAAAGCAAUUUGCCGAGUUCCUUCCUGACAUGGAUCUCGUCUUCAACCUCGACACGGAAGCUCGUGUGGCUGUCCCCUUUGAUCGACUUCAGGAGGCCCUGAAGCACCCGCAACCGUAUCCAACACCCGAACCAUCUCGAGCACGACUCGACUUCAGCACUGACCGCGCAGACGAAUGGCCCAACAUCGACAAUAUACGCACAGACCCCCGCUUCUUCGAAGCCGUCCCUCGCAGGCCUUCCUUCCAAACGUACGGGUCUGUGGCUUGUUCGCCCGAAUCUCGCGCGCGCAACGAACGUCACUGGAACACCAAGACAUUCUGUUCGACUUGCGCCAUACCUCAUUCCAUGGGUGCUUUCCUGUCCAACUGGAGCAUGGCUGCUGACGUAUGCCACCAACCCGACAUUGCCAGUCUUCAUGGCGUGUACCUCAGUCCAUCCAACCUGUCAGGAACUCAUGGCAUCGUGCCCAUCUUCAGCCAGACUCGCGCAGCUGGGUAUAUCGACAUACGGUAUCCUUCCCUACGGAACUACCUCGGGGAGUCCAAGUACGACUUCGACGAGAAGUACCCCGAUCCACCUUUCCAGCAGAAGGAGGACGUCUUGUUCUGGCGUGGUCCUACCGAAGAAGGCACUAGCAUGACUGGCACCUGGAAGGGCAUGUUACGUCAACGGCUGGUGCAUCACCUGAAUUUCAACACAACUUCACGGCUGCCGAUGUUGCUUCCAAAAGGCGAUCAUAGCGACAAUCUCGAGUAUAUCAUGAAGCGCAGAUCUGACGUCAAGCGGCUGCUGGAGACCAAAGUCGAUGCCCAGUUCACAGAGCUUAGUCACUGUGCAGGACGUGAUUGCACCGACCAGUCUCGCGAGUUCAAGAUUGCAGAAUCCGUUGAUCUCAGACAACACUGGCGCUACAGAUAUCUGUUCGACACCGACAGCGCCGGCUCCUCUAGUAACUUCCUUCCCUUCCUGCAAUCAAACUCUGUCGUUCUGAAAACUGGCAUCUUCCGCGAAUGGUACGACGGUCGCCUCGUCGCCUGGAAACACUUUGUGCCCGUUGAUGUGCGUCUGCACGAUCUCUUCUCUAUCCUCGCCUACUUUGGUGGAUACGGUGUUGAAGAGAGGAACAAGCGCAUGAUGGAGGGUCGCACCAAGGAGGCUGAAGCUAUAGCGAGGCAAGGCAAGGUCUGGACUGAGAAGGUGCUCAGGAAAGAGGAUAUGGAAGUCUACAUGUUCAGGCUGCUGCUCGAGUGGGGGAGACUGACGGACGACAAGAGGACGACGAUUGGGUUUCGAAUGGGGAAAGGCAGUGGGGAGCGGUAG